AUGCUAGAUCGUUCCGAUCGUACGGGUCGGCGUCGUCCUUUUUCCACCUGGGUGAAGAAGCUCACCAACUUCAAGAGCUCCUCCUCCAGCGACGGCGGCGGCGUUCGUCUCCCCAGUUCCAAACGCCAGCAGGCUAAAUUUCAAGCCAAGAAGCGUGCCUCCAAGAACAAUAACCCAUACCCCCAGUCAGGCCGCGUAGCCUCCGCCAGCCACGCCGAUGUCGACGUCGAGACCAGUUCCUACUCGUUUUCCACAGCCCUUAGUGGCAGCGCAACUUCGAUCGAGAGAGAGUCCCGGAUAUCGUCCGAGGAUGGUCGCGCCCCGCCGACCACCGGCGCAAGGUCCAUGGCCCCUACAGUGUCGACAUCACACAACGCCCCCUCCGUCGCGGGCACGAGUAGGACGAUUGGAGGCGUAGAGUCUCGCAGAGGGGGGGAUAGCACAUUCUCGUCGCCAGCGCCGUCGGUGCGGUCGCUUACAACGACCUUGACCACAAUACAAUCCAUGCCACCCAACGGCGGCACCCAUGUGCCCACAAAUCCAACCAACAACGGUAACCAUAGCGCACACCAAGGACACACCCACUCAAUACAUUUCAACCAACCGUUCCCAACAGCUUCGCCUGCCUCAGCCAUCCCCGCGCAUCUGGCGCCUUCCUCGUCCGGCCCCGGUCACCCCACGACCUACACAACUGCGACAGCCAACAACCUCCUGACCGACAAUGCAUCCAUCAUCACCCUGGCUUCGUCGUCGAAACGUCGCCGCCGCCGCUCUUUCGAUACCGACGCCUCUGUUCGUGCCUUGGCGCCGUCGUCGCUUUGGGGCGGCAGCCGAGAAAGUCUCCCUUUGAGCGUCUUAAGCGCCAACAUCGACCAGGGUGCGGGCAUGCCACCAACACCAGGCCUCCACCACAGCACAUCACGAAUCGCGAAUGCCGAACGCACCAGCAUAUACUCAGCCACCGGCAUAGCACCCGCCAUGCCCGGAGAACGCAACAGCUUUUACGCGAAACAAAGCGCCACGGGCGACGGAGCGAGCGUGCGGAGCGGGCUGCUAGGCCACGGGCGAUCGGACAGCAUCAGCGGGAGCAUCGGUGGCGUGACCAGCCCGCUGACCAGUCCAAGAGAAGCGUCUGAAUUGGGUGAUGAGGAUGAUCGAGGAGAAGGGACGAGUCGGGCCAAGGACGUUGACGAGCGGUAA